GUGAAUGGUAAACAUGGCUUAAAGUUCCUGAAAUGUACAUGAGCUACAAAGCACGUUGCUUUCACUGCUAUUAACAACGAGCUAUCAAAAUUCCAGAAGGAUUUAGAAAUGGAGUGUGCAUCCAUAAAACCUCAUGUUUCCUUAUAAUUUUCUGAUAUGAAGCUUGUUCAUAAGAACAGGAUGAGUACCUUAAUUUGGAGAAAUAUGCACCGUAACUCCCACAGUGAUGACAGUGAUAUAUCUACUGAUGAGGAGCCUCUCUUUCGGCAAAGCUCCAAUGAAGAAAGCAGAGUAAAUGUAAUAAGGAAUAUCAACACAUAUGCCAGAACAAAGACCAUUGCUCAGGGCUUUCUGGACAUAGCCCUAUUUACUGCAAAUGCAUCACAGAUGAAGCACCUCCUGCAACAAGGCCCAGAAAUACAGUUUUACUAUUUCCUAUUUGUUCUGUUGUGCAUCUCUAUCAUACUUCAGUUGAUUGUUGCAGCCCUAUUAAUUUAUAAAGGAUCAAAGAACAUAGAAUGUGAUGAUCCCGAGCGCAGGCUCAGUGACAGAGUACAUCUAUUGAAUAAUAUUGUGACCGGUUUGAUCCUGGUGAUCACAGCUGUCAACGUUUUCAUCACUUCAUUCUGGUUCAGUCCUCCCCAGGCCACGCUGGAGGACCAACGCCUCAGUCAAGUUGUUACCUGUACCAACUGUUAAUCAUCCUCUGCACACACAGUAAAACCGGCUGCAGAAAAAAAAAUAAAGUACAACUGACCAAGUAACCGGCUCUAACACCCCGUUCUUUAGUUUGGCAUCUUCCCAUCGGCAGUGAGCGGAUCUCGGUCUCUGUUGGUCACACACACUGACGGUGCUGUCCAGCGCGAUGGCAAUAUCGCUGUUAGUCACUAACACUACACUCUAAAGCAAUUAAAAAUGUCGACAACGGCUGCCGUCUCCUUCGGGAUAAGAAUUCUGCGGGACUUUUGCAUUGACUGAAAGCUCUGGGAACAUAAAACGAUGUCCACGUGAACCAUCAAACUGAACCACUCUUAAAGGUCACCGUUAAAAGGACGCGGAUUUCAACUGCUUUAUUCUAAAACUGCACCUUGCGAAUUAAUUUACCACCGCCCUUGGGAAAGGGUUGAUUACAGCAGCAGAAGCCUCUCGGAGUCUUAAAUAAAAACCCAGAUGCUGGAAGUCUGAAAUAAAACCAGAAAUAGCUGGAGAAACUCAGCAAAACCUGGCAGCUUCUAUACAGCGAAUGCAGCAUUCAACUUCCUGGGCAUUCAACUGAUGAAAAGUCAACUGGACCCGAAAGCUUGACUCUGCUCACAGAUGCCAAACCUGCCGUGUGUCGCCAGCUAUUUCUGUCUUUGCAUCCCGAAUUUUUUGUUUUUUUUUAAAUGGGGUUGGGGUAGAAUGUACUGAGAGAUUACAUUUGGCAGUAAAGUUCAAGUAUUGCAGACUCUGUUUAGUUUAAUCCGCUUGUGAAUGCAUUCGGUUGGCCAGAUGUGCGGAGAACAUGCGUCCAAAAAGCGAAUUUAUUAGUCAAAACACUAUGCUGGAAAUAUUGGAGACUGAAAUUAAAUGCUUGCAGAUAGCGAAUCCGGCUCAUCAGCCUCCCAACACCUUUCCGUUCAACGUCUUUGCCCAACAGAAGUUCUCUCUCCUCCCAUGCUGUCUGACCUGCUGAGUACAGUUUCUAUUCUGAUUUUAUUGUCAAGUUUAUUGGUUCCUGUGAUUUCAAAUGGGAGCGCAUCUCACGUGAAAUUAACCCAAAG